GGGUAGAGAGGGAAACAGGAACAGAAAGUGACGAUGUCAGAGUGAGGGGGACCAGACCAGAGCUGAAGCCAGAUGCCAAAACAGAACCAACAGAAGUUAGAGCAGCUAACUGGAUUAGACAAGACGCGAGACCUGACCUGCUACUUCACAAGUGCCUGCGGGAUACAUCCACAUUAAGUCACUUCUCUACAGCUCGUCAGACUGAAAGUUAAAGGGGAGGAGGACAAGAGGAAACUCGAGAAAACAAUUACUGGAAUGUCGACCUGGAUAAAGAAACUUCCGCUUUCCUCGAGAUCAGAAUCCUCAUAUUGAAAGCCUUCUCUAACCUCUUGACCUCUUGGUUUUGUGGAUUUGUUUAAAUGGGCUUUGACCUUCUCCAAAGGAGCACUUUAAAGCAGAAAGCAUCAGUGAUGUUUGCUUCUGGUGUUUCCAUUUAACCCACAGAGCACAGCCCUCGUUGGAUGGAUGAGAGUCUCAGGGAAACGAUUUCAUUUUGGGCAGUUUUUUAACCUUAAUCCAACCACCCAAAGGGCUCAGAGGGACAUUAUAUUUUUAUCAUUUUAGUACCCCAGCAUCCUAACAUGCACAUUUGCUGUCUCACAACUAUUUCAACUCUCUAAAGGAUUUAGCAAAACUUUUCCAACAGUGAGCUAGUCUCAUUUAAAGGGCUUACACGCCGGUAUCCUAAGCCAUGGAUGGGAAAACUGACAGCAUUCAGGAUUUUUUCAACCAACUGUGGCACUUUGCUUCAGAAAAACAUAACCAGGGGGCCUAUAACACAGUCUGCCUGGUGGUCCUCCUGACGCUUCCCCUGCUUGUUCUCCUCACAACGGUGGUGGUGUGCUGUCACUGCUGUUGCUGUCGUCAUGCCAACAGCUGCUGUUGUUGUUGCUGCGGCGACGCCGUGUCGUCUUCAAGGUCAGAAACAAAGAAGAAAAAAAAUUCUGCCAAUACCGAAGACUUGUGGAUCUCGGUCAAGCCGGGGCCGAUGACGCCCGACCGGGUCGCUCUGGCCAUGGAGUAAAUAUCCCUUCUUUGACCUGAGACUGCUGACGAGUUUAUGGAAAGGAGCUGAUGGAGCAUCCCGAAAAGCAUAAACCGUGGAUGCUCUUGGACUCUGCUGAGCUGAUAACCAAACAAAAAGGAUGAACUUCACCUAGUAGCGGGCACAGAUGUGGUUGAAAUAUGUAAAGAGUGUAUAUAUUGUUGUCACUUUUCAUUCAUAAGAUGUCGUGCGGUGGUUUUAUGACAAUGUUUACAGCAUUUUUAUGAGCAUUUUUUUUUGUGUUUGGUACAUAAAGGAAGAAAUAUGAAGACAGAAGCACAUAUAUAACUGCAAGUGUGCGUGUGUGUGUGUGUGUGUGUGUGUGUGUGUGUGUGUGUGUGUGUGUGUGUGUGUGUGUGUGUGUGUGUGUGUGUGUGGGUAAGAGAAGCACAGUUUUAUUGAGAGCACUUUGUUCUUAGAGCUCCCAUGUGAAAUUCACUGCGUGUGUAUUUUGGAGAGAGAGCCAAUUUAGGGUCUGCCCAGUGCUCAGAAAGCUGCAUUACUCACAUUCAGGCUGCAAUGCAGACUGUGAUUGACUCUCAAUUUCUAAAUCAAAAGGCACUGACAAUCUAAAAAGCUGAACUCACUGCCUACAGAAAGAAACUUUCUUCAUUACGACAUUUUUUCCCCCGUUUGUUGAAGAUGUUACAGCAUUGUCACAGGAGUGGAACUUCACUUUCAUCAGGCUUUUUUCUGUGUUUUUUUUUAUUACACUAUUCAGGGCCAAAUAAGCAUUAAAAAAAAGACAAUUUGUAAAAGAUAAAGUGAGACCCUCCCCACCAAAAGACAAACAAACAACACCGGAAACUAGAAACUAGAUACUCAUACCAAUGGAGGUGUUAGCAAUGAUGACUAGCCAUGUAUUUAUGGAAAUUUUGAACAUUUAUUCCUCUAAAAUGUAUGAAUAUGACUGAAAGAGGUGGCGUAAGUUGCUUUAGAGCAGAUCCAUAUGCACUUUUAAUAUUCUGUUUUGAAGUCAUCACACAGAAAAUUUGGAAGGAGGACCAACAACACACUUAAGCCCCAAUGCCUAACCCCAAAUGCGAUCUCCUGCCUUUUGCCCCCGUAUCUGGGGGCGUUGGGGCUUAAGAGGUCAAACUGGCAUUAAGUUUGUUUGUAAUCACUUUUGGCUAACUUCCUAGCACGGAUGUGGACAAUUUCAGAUUGUCAAAAGUGUGUUUAAUUAAAACAAACAAGCAUACAUCUUUGCAUAUUUCGUCAUGCUGAGAGCUUCCCCUACACUUGUGAUUGUGCCUUAUAACUGCAAAAUCCAUUUCACGUGGAUUUCUUUAAAAAGUUUGAUGAGUGCUUACAUGGAUACUGCUGGUAAACAUUAUUUGCCAGCAGUAUUUUAUUGCCAUUCUGUUGAGAUACAAACAUAAUGCUGAUUAACUGGAUCAAGUCCUCUCUAUUCACGUGUAUACAACGUUUUUAGAAAUGGGUUAGAACAGUAUUCAAAGUAUUUUUUUGUUUUAGCUUAAUUAAAUUCACAUACUUUUCAAAAAUUCCAGUAAAAAGAAACUGAAAUAAUCAAACGAUUUGGGCUUCGAGUGGAUUGUGCCUGAAGGCUUCUUGUUUUGAAAGUGUACGACAUCUCAAGGCCCAAUUAAGCAAAAACGUCUCAGCAGUAUCAUCAUCUUUAUGCAUUAGCUUAUUUUGGCACUAAGUUGAUCUUCUUGCUCAAGUGCUGCUGGGAAAACCGGCCCCACUCAUUUCAUUACGGCUCAGACAGAUACGUCCCCAUGUGGAAAUCUGGGUUUGUCUCUUCUGCUUUAUGUUCACAGAGAGAAACUAUACGUGUUGAGUUUAAUAUGAAAGCUUGCCUUGCAAAACACAGGCAACGUAUGAUGACUAAUAACUGCAAGAGUGAGACGUUUAACAAGAAAACACACUGCCAUGUUCGGGGUUUUUUGCCGAACACGUCAUUGUGGUUUGUGUUUGUCAAAGUAAAAUUUACAGUUUUUACUGGUUAUUAAAUGCUGACUGUGGCAGGCUUCUUACAACAUAAAUAAAAAUGUAAAAUGAUGUUAAAGACUGAAAAAAAUUAAAGGAAUAGUUUGACCUGUUCAGAGUUAUUCUUACUACUUUUACUUUCUCUGUGAGAGGUACGUGAUUCAGCUUCAUGUCUGCAUGCUAAAUAUACACCUGCUGUCGGCAGCUGGUUAGCUUUUCUUAUUACAAAGACAAAGAGAAAACAGCUUGUCUGGCUCUGUGCAAAGGUAAGACAGUAAUUACUAAAGUAGUGAUCAGUAAUUGUGAAACAAGAAUUCACAGGCUACUUGGUUUUUUAUGUGGUAACCUAUUCUCGUUGACCAGAAGAGACUUUUAGAGAUACAAGGUGUUUUUUAUGCAAUUUGGUAAACAGUUGAGUAGUUACUUCCUGUUUUCUGUCAUUUGCUAACCUCUCCUAGUAUUUUAAACUGAAAGGAUAUUGAAGCUUAAUCCAAGGAUAUCCCCUUAAAUACCAGAAUAUGAGUCACACAUUCAAUAAGAUCCAUAAACAAAUAUAAGCACUGAUUCUAGAAACUGAAAUUGGGGUGAAAAUGUAAACUGUAUGUCCAGCAUGGAUGCUACUGUGAUGCUCCCUGUUGGUGUGAGGACUUCCAGAGUUCUCAAUAUGCUCAGUUAAUGAAGGAGUUAAUGAAGCUGUAGCUGUCUCAUGAGGUGGUAUGAGUCAGUGACCACUCUGGAUAUUUUUCCACUGUAAACUUUAAUCAGUCCAAGCACACAAUACACAUAAUGGUCAAUCCCGUCACGUACUGUUCCAAAUGGAACACAGCGGUGGCUCAUAACAGACAAAUGGUGCAGAGUGAUCAUUUAGCCAAAUGAUCUACAGAAGCUAAGAGGCAAAUAUAUUUGUUUACACUUGCGUCUAGAAAAAAUGCAGGGAUGCUAGCGUUCUGCUAAUUUCCUUAAUUUGCUAGCAGUUGAUAGGCAACAUCAUAAUUUCAUCAAUCAAGAAUUUAUAAUAAAACUGAAUUCCCCAUUUUCCAACAAUAACCUGACAAUCUAGAAAUGCAGCUAUCUCAAAAAUAUACAUGCAUGUUAAAGAAGCAGCUGGUUGUUGUAAUGGUGACUCUUGAGGAGGCUUUUGCUGAAGAUUUCUAAUGCUGCUCACUUGAUACAGAGAAUCCAUGCGGUCAAUGUUCCCAGCACUUGCUAAAAGAUAGCUCUCCACAAUUGAAACACUUU